AUGAACCAAAACUGUCCUAUUGGGUUGAGUUCUGGGGACCAAGGUGGCGAAUCAAUAGGCAGUUAUGCAGAAGAUCACGAGGAGUUGUUGUCAUUAAAGCGUGGCGAAAUCUUCCUUGCUAUUUUACUAUCUAUAAGCCUUCUUAAACGUCUAAUGUCUUUCUCUUUUUUCACCUCCUUGUAUUUCCAUAAUUUGACAGAAUCAACUGGCAACUUACUUUCUUAUAGUAUUUCUGGAUUGUUUAUCGAUAACAAUUAUGUUUACAAGAUUGGAACAAUCUAUAAUCAUCGAAUUAUAUGGGUGAUAAUCAAUCGUUUGUCAAAAAUAAUUGAAGCAACAAGAUUUCAGCCCGGAGAAGUUCGCUUGCAGGCCAUUUGCGACGUGUUGAAGUUGGGGUACAAAGAUAAUAAUUUCUACUACAAUGCUGAUGGCAUUAUUAUCAAUAACAAACACAAGAUAGAAAUUGCCCUUGUUAAAACUAUGGGUAUUUUUCACCACUCAAACGACUCAAAGGAGACACAGGAUUACAUUAAGGUAGGGUAUGGGCUAGUUUCAAUGCUUCAUUGGAUUAGCCGAAAGUUUCUCUACAGAAACUUUGACACCUUCAAAAGAAUUGAAAAUGAUAAUAGAAACGUACAAAGAAAUAGACACUUUAGAAAAUUGCCAUAUAAGCAAUAUGAAGAGAAUUUAAACUCGGCACGCGAGGGAAUGCUUUUUACUUAUGGGGUAGUCAGACAACAUUACUAA